UUACUCAUGCUAUAUAGCAGCAAGACAUAAUUGUUUUUCUUUCCCUUUCUCUUCAUUUAUAUCUCUCUACAUUUCACAUUUAAGACCAUCAGCUACUCUAUCUGAGAAGCUGCAAUCAAUGAAACUAAUGACAUUGUUUUAAAGAGCCUGUAUUGAUUGGUUUUCUUGGUGCAUAUUUUCAUGGGAAAAGUUGGAGCAACUUCUUGGUUGGCUGCUGUUAAAAGGGCUUUCAGAUCACCUACCAAAGAUAAUAAUAAUCAUACCAAGAAAACUACUAGAAGAAGAGAAGAUCAAGAACAAGAAGAUGAAGAAAAGAAAAGAGGAAAAAGAAGAUGGAUUUUCAGGAAGUCAUCAACAACAACUCCUCAAGAAACAGUUAUUAUUCAGCAUUCUGCAGAAAAGACCAUAGCUGCAAGAAUUGAAGAAGCUGAUGCUGAGCAGCAAAGACAGGCUCUUGCAGUUGCCAUGGCCACGACAGCAGCUGCUCAAGCAGCGGUCGCAACCGCACAAGCUGCGGUGGAAGUGGUUCGGCUAGCUAGACCUUCGAUUUUCGCUAAGCAUCACUCGGCCGCCAUUGUUAUACAGACAGUAUUCAGAGGAUAUCUGGCGAAAAGAGCACUUAAGGCGCUUAAGGGGCUGGUAAAGCUGCAGGCGUUAGUGAGAGGUUAUAAUGUAAGAAAAAGAGCAAAGAUGACACUCCAGUGCAUGCAAGCUUUGAUGCGGGUUCAAGCUAGAGUCAGAGAUGAACGUUGUAGGCUUUCUUAUGAAGGAACUACAAAUUCUAUCUCAAAUUAUUCUCUUUCUGCUGAUAAUCGAAAUCCCAUUUCCAGAGAUGAAAUCAGUAAUGCUGAUGAAUGGAUUCAAUGGGCUUAUGAACAUCAAGAUUCAUUAGAGAAGAUUGAAGAAAUGUUGCAGGAAACUAAAGAAUUUGGGGUGAAACGAGAGGCGGAUCUUGCUCAUGCUUUUACUCAACAGAUAUGGAGACCAAGUAGAGACACAUAUGCAAGCGAAGGAGAAUUAGAAGACAAUCCCAGAAUCAGACAUCAUCAUCAUCAUCAACAUCAAGACCCUUGGACUCCAUGGCCAAAUUACAGAUCAAGAAGAGCUUCAACAGAUCAAAGAGAACUCAUCAAAACAGUCGAAAUCGACACGUGUCGACCUUACACCAUCACCACAUCUCAUGAUCAUCACUACCAACAACAAAGGCCAAGUUCUUAUUCUGUCGCCUCUCCCAUUCCAAGAGUGUCACCAUCCAAAGCAAGAACACCACCACUGGUUCAUUCAGCCAGCCCUCGCUGCUUAAGACAGUACAGGAUACCUAAUUACAUGGCUGCUACUGAGUCAGCCAUGGCUCGAACUCGAUCGCAGAGUACGCCGAGGCAAAGACCGUUAACCCCAGAAAGAGAGAAGAUGAGUAGCACUACUACUACGGCUCGGAAACGGUUAUCAUUUCCGGUACCGGAACCGGUAUAUACAGGCGGUGCUGAUCAUUAUAAUUACGGUUUAAAGAGUCCGAGCUAUAAAGGGAUUACUGAUAAUGGAGAAUAUGUUAGAAUGGAUCAGAAGUCGUAUUUUAAUAUGUCUUCUUGUUACACUGAGAGUAUUGACGAUGAGGUGUCCCCUCCUCGUGCCGAUGAUCUUACGCGGUGGUUAAGGUAAUUCAAGUGAUCGAUAUCAGCUAGGGAGGAUAAUGAUCACUGCUGCAUAAUGUGCUAAUAUGAUUAGCUUAGAUUUAUUGUAAUAACUCUGAAUAUGUUACAUUUGUUGCCUGUAAUAGAUCUUUGACU